CUCAUACAUCUUUUAAUCUUAGUUUAAUGGUGGCAAUGUAUAGGGUUUCAUCAUAAGGAAAUUCUAUACUCAUCUGAAACCAAUUUUCAUUUCGUCCACCACUCUUAAAGAUAAGGAUGGAAUGUUUCACUUCAUCAUGUGUGAAUGCAACGACUGGUGUAGCUCCAAACAUCUUUGCUUCGGCUAUCCAGUUUGUGGCUGCGUUGCAAUGUGGAAUUACGCUGUCAAUUCCAGAUGCUGAUGUAACAAACGGAGAAAGUUUCGACUUCAUUAUUGUUGGCGCUGGAACUGCUGGCAGUGUGUUGGCGAACAGAUUGAGCGCUGUACCAGAAUGGAAGGUUUUACUGAUCGAGGCAGGUGAUGAUGCUCCAGCAGAAUCUGAUAUCCCAACUCUAUCCACGACACUAUAUCAUUCAAGAUACGAUUGGGACUAUAAGACACUGCCAAAUGGAAGGACAGAUGGUGCUACUAUAGGUGGAAAUAUAGACUGGGCACGCGGGAAAAUGAUGGGUGGAAGUAGCAGCAUAAACGCCAUGAUCUACGUACAAGGAAAUGACCAAGACUAUCAAAACUGGUUUGACCUCGGUAAUCCAGAAUGGAGUGUCGAAGAAGUCCGUCGGUGUUUUAGGAAACAAGAAAGUUUCCAAGAUAUGGAAAUGUUGAAGAAUCCUGAUAUCAGCGCACAUUAUGGGCACGAUGGACCAUUAAUCAUAAACUCAUUCAACUAUACAUACCCACAUAUUAGACAGAGAGUCUUAUCUGCUUGGAAUGAGAUAGGCAUCAAGAAUGUGCCAGAUUACAAUGUCGCAAACACAUUAGGAUCUGGUCGCAUGAGGGGUACAGCAACUUCUGGGCAAAGACAGAGCUUUAGUAAGGCUUAUUUAGGCCCAAUACUUGAUAGAAAAAAUUUAAAAAUUAUUAAGAAUAGCUUCGUUACCAAAUUGAUAUUUAAACAAGGUUCUAAAACUGUUCGUGGAGUUGAGGUAGAACGUGACUCAAAAAUAUUUAAAUUUUAUGCUAAAAAUGAAGUUAUUGUAAGCGCAGGUGCUGUAAACUCUCCACAGCUUUUAAUGUUGUCUGGAAUUGGACCAAAAAAGCAUCUUCGUUCUAAAAAAAUACCAGUCGUAGUUGAUUCUCCAAUGGUAGGACAAAAUUUACAAGAUCAUCUUUUUAUUCCUGUUAUAGUAUUUUGUGAUGAAACUGGAGAACAAACUGUAGCUGAACAACAAUUUGAUGCCAUCCGUUAUCUUUACAACCGCACGGGGUAUCUAUCACACAAUUAUGUCAUCGAUGCCUUAGCAUUUUACUCUGCGGACUCAGAUAUCACUUAUCCCCAGUUUCAAAGUCACGUUGGAAUGAUAUGGAAAAAUAGUGAAAUAUUAGAAGAAAUGUUACGUUCAUGGUUCAAAUACAAAGACCACGUAGUAGAACCAUUGCUUGAACUUAACAAAAAACAUACAGCAUACAUGUUCCCAUUCCAUGUUCUCCAUCCUAAAUCAAGAGGCAGUAUUUAUUUGAAUUCAACAAAUCCACAUGACUAUCCAAUAAUAGAUGCUAACUACUUCGGUGAUGAUGAAGAUUUAGAAUUAGCAGCAAUUGGAAUUCAAAUGCUGACUAAGUUAGUGAAUACUACAGAAUUUAGAGAAAUAAAUGCCUUUUUACCAAGAAUGGAAUGGCCACCGUGUGAUGUUUACGAAUUAGACAGUAUAGAUUAUUGGAAGUGUAUUUGUUUGGAGAUGGUAUUCACUGUAUAUCAUCCUGUAGGAACAUGUCAGAUGGGACCAGAUCCAAAGACAUCAGUAGUAAAUAGUCGAUUGAAAGUCCAUGGAGUCCGAAACCUUCGUGUGAUAGAUGCAAGUGUAAUGCCAACACAAAUAAGUGGAAAUACUAACGGACCAACUGGAGUGGUGGGAGAAAGAGGUGCAGAACUGAUUUUGGAAGAUUAUAGAAAGCUUUAAAACGUAUUCAACACUACUAUAUGCCUAGCCUCAUGUGAAAUUGUAUUGUAAACGCACCCACGACACAGGAGAAAAUCCUAAUGUGAGACAACGUUUCUUAAAUAAAAAAUAAAUAGUUACUUAUUUCAUAACUGGUUAUCAUUGGGCAUUAUCUAAGGAGCCGCUUUUAUUGUUUCAGUGUGUAGAUUAAACUCCUUUGCAUUGUAAACAUUAUUUAACAAUGUAAGUACAAUUUUUGCUUUUUGAAAGUUGUUUAUCUCUAAUCUAUAACGUGAGUUAGAUUGCAAACAGUUAAAAUAGCACUUUGAUAUUUAUAUUUUAAUCGUGUAUCUAUCAUUUUGUUAUUAUGGUUUCUUGUUUGUUUAGUGCUAAAUAAAAUGAUUAUGUUUAA